ACUUCAAAGCAAAGGAGGAAUCGGGAGUUUUUCGAAAAGAAAACAUCAUUCAUACUGUUGCUUCAAAUUCGUCAGAAAAUUGAGAGAAUAGGGUGUUUUAAGGUCUUCAAUGAAAUCAAUGAUGAUCAGAACUGUGUGAUCAUUUUUAAAUUCUUGGAAGGCUGACUCAAGUGAGAUGUAUUCAGUUUCAAAGAUGUUCAAGUUGGCUCCGAUGAGAGCUUUUCUUCUUUGCUGUAUGCUCAAAUGUGUGUUCACAGCCCAGCCUCCUAAUAUUAUAUUCAUCGUUGCAGACGACCUGGGAUGGAACGAUGUUAGUUUUCAUGGUUCAUCGCAGAUCCUGACUCCGCAUCUUGAUGCGUUGGCAUUGGAGGGGGUCAUGCUAACCAAUUACUAUGUGUCCCCGAUUUGUACGCCAACUAGGAGUGCUAUUAUGUCAGGCAAACACCCGAUACACACAGGGCUGCAGUAUAGCGUUAUCAUAGCAGACCAGCCGUACGGCCUCAGCACCAAUGAGACCAUAAUGCCUCAGUAUCUCCGGCCUUUGGGAUACCGUACACAUAUGGUUGGUAAGUGGCAUUUAGGGUUCUUCAGCAAGGACUAUACACCCAUCGAAAGAGGCUUUGAGUCGACAUACGGAUAUUACCUCGGCCAGCAAGACUACUUCACCCAUGAAGCCCAGGUAGAACAGCAUAAAGUGACUGGAUUUGAUUUCCAUGUGAAUGGGUCAGUCUACAAACCCGUUUUUGGCCAGUAUUCUACCGAGAUUUAUACAGAAAGGACACAGGAGAUCAUUCGCAAUCAUAACCCGCAAGAGCCGCUGUAUAUCUACCUAGCCCAUCAAGCGGUACACAGUGCAAAUUACGAUGGUCAGAGGUUGCAAGCUCCGCAUAAGUACUACGAAAGAUUCCCGAACAUUAAAGAUGAAAACAGGAGAAAAUUUGCAGCCAUGGUCUCUGCCCUGGACGACUCUAUUGGAAACAUCACCCAGACAUUAAAAGAGAGCACCCUCUACAACAACACCAUUGUAGUUUUUACGACCGACAACGGAGGACCUGCCCACGGGUUCGACGCCAACUACGCCAACAACUGGCCGCUGCGAGGAGUGAAAGACACGACGUGGGAGGGUGGGCUUCGUGGUGCUGGAUUCAUAUGGGGCGCCCUCAUUGAGAAGCCAAAGAGAAUGAGCGAUGGGAUGAUGCAUGUCUGUGAUUGGGUUCCAACAUUGUAUGGCUUAGCAGGUGGGAAUACCAGCAGUUUAGAGCAUCUCGAUGGCAUAGAUGUCUGGUCUAUGCUCUCAAGAGGGGAGCCUUCACCUCGGAAUGAGAUCCUGCACAACAUUGAUCCUGUGCGGAAUGUAUCUGCAAUCCGUAUUGGGAAUUAUAAGUUGGUUCAAGGCCAGAAUUACAACGGCAAGUGGUCUGACUGGUACCCGCCAGAAGGAGAGUCCACUGACAAUUCCUCCGACUCUAAUCCUGUUCCGAACGCCUUUGUUGUGAGCUGCCCACCCAAGCCGGAUAAUGCUUCCACGAACUGUGAUCCAUUUCAGAAGCCAUGUCUCUACAACAUCAACGAAGAUCCCUGUGAAUUUUAUAACAUAGCUGAUGAGAACCAAGAUAUUGUUGAAAUACUGAUGAUGAGGAUUGAAGAGUACCGUAAAACGAUGGUCCCUAUUAGGAACAAGAAACCGGAUCCACUGAGCAACCCCAAGUACCACGACAACUGCUGGGUUCCAUGGAGAAACGAUACGGACUCAACACCCGACCAAGGACUGAAUUAUAAUAUUUUACGCCAGGGUCCGUACAGUACUAUUGCCAGAAGUCAAAAAGUGGUUAUUAAAGGCAUAGAUUAGUAGUGGAGAGAUGGGGCUUUUGAGACUUCACUAAUUUGCCAGCUGGAAAGAAAUUUAGUGCAUUAUGAUCUUAGAUUAUUAAUUAUGGAUAUAUUCAAUUUAUUUAACCCUAAGCUUCCCGGGGGGGGUGGGUCAAAUUGACCCCC